GCGCUAGUACCGAGGGCGUGUGUGAGCUGUGAACAGUGUGUGUGUGUGUGUGUGUGCGUUUGAGCAGGAGCAGUACUAGGAGCGCCUUCUUGAUCGAAUUGUACUGUGCAAGAACGCAGAGCGAACGAAAUGUUUUCGUUUGGAAUACUGGGAGCCCGCACAGGAGCGACCGUCGGGCUGCUCGGUACCGCGAUGGUUGCCAUCAAUCUGCUCGCUUCGCCCGCUGGUGUGGCCGCCUGUUUCUCCAGUGCCCCGGCACCGGCGGCGGUCCGGGGUAGCGACGGUAAGCCGGCCACCACGGUGUACGACUUCACGGCCAACAGCAUCGAUGGUCGGCCGGUCGCGCUCGACCAGUACCGCGGCCAUGUGCUCAUCAUCGUGAAUGUUGCCUCGGACUGUGGCUACACCGAUGGUCACUACAAGGAGUUCAACCAGCUGUACAAGGAGUACGCCGAGUCGAAAGGAUUGCGGAUACUGGCGUUCCCGUGCAAUCAGUUCGGUGGCCAGGAACCGGGCACGAACGCCCAGAUCCGGCAGUUCGCCGAGGGCCGGAACGUGCGCUUCGACAUGUUCGCCAAGAUUGACGUCAACGGGGAGCAGGCGCAUCCGCUGUGGCAGUAUCUGAAGCAGCGCCAGGGCGGCACGCUCGUUGACGCGAUCAAGUGGAACUUUACCAAGUUUCUGGUGAACAAGCGGGGUGAACCGGUGGGCCGGUACGGACCGACCACUAGCCCGGUGGAGCUACGCGCCGAGCUGGAGAAGCUGUUCGCCGAGUAGCGGCAUCCACACUAACCACACACCUCAGAACCUCAUAAUACCCCCCGUUAUACUACUACUACUAUAUUCAAACCAGUUGUCAUUGCGCCAUUGCGCCGCAAAUAAAUAAA